UUCCAGGUUGACAGGAGCAGCACAGUGCAGUCAAUUGGAAGCAAUCCUCAGCCCCAGUCCAGCCUGAAAAUGGGUAAGAAGAGUCGAGUGAAGACUCAGAAGUCGGGAACAGGAGCCACAGCAGUGGUCUCCCCCAAAGAGAUGAUGAACUUCAUCUCUGAACUCCUACAGAAAUGCAGUAGCGCAGCCCCCUCCCCAGGGAAGGAAUGGGAAGAAUAUGUACAGAUUCGAGCCCUUGUGGAAAAGAUCCGGAAAAAACAGAAAGGAAUCUCAGUUACUUUCGAGGGCAGCAGAGAGGAUUACUUCCCAGAGCUGAUGGCUUGGGCUGCAGCAUGCGGAGCCUCCUGUGAUGGCUUUGAGAUCUCCAAUUUUGGAGAGGAGGGCUAUGGCCUCAAGGCUACCAGGGAUAUCAAGGCGGAAGAGCUGUUUCUGUGGAUCCCCAGGAAAAUGCUGAUGACAGUGGAAUCAGCCAAGACCUCUGUACUUGGUCCUCUGUACAGCCAGGACCGGAUCCUCCAGGCCAUGGGCAAUGUCACUCUGGCCCUCCACCUGUUGUGUGAGAGGGCGAACCCUAACUCACCCUGGCUCCCCUACAUUAAGACACUGCCCAGUGAGUAUGACACGCCCUUGUACUUUGAGGAGGAGGAGGUGCGCCACCUGCUGGCAACCCAGGCUAUACAGGAUGUUCUGAGCCAGUACAAGAACACAGCACGUCAGUAUGCCUACUUCUACAAAGUCAUCCAUACUCAUCCAAAUGCCAGCAAACUGCCCUUGAAGGAUGCUUUUACUUUUGAUGACUACAGGUGGGCAGUGUCCUCCGUGAUGACCCGUCAGAACCAGAUCCCCACUGAAGACGGCAGUCGAGUCACACUUGCCCUCAUCCCACUGUGGGACAUGUGUAACCAUACCAAUGGACUGAUUACGACUGGUUACAACCUAGAGGACGAUAGGUGUGAAUGUGUGGCUCUUCAGGAUUACAAAGAAAACGAACAGAUCUACAUUUUCUAUGGCACGAGGUCCAACGCAGAGUUUGUGAUCCACAAUGGUUUCUUCUUUGAGGACAACGCUCACGACCGAGUGAAGGUUAAACUGGGCGUGAGCAAGAGUGAACGUCUGUAUGCGAUGAAGGCUGAGGUUCUCGCCCGUGCUGGCAUUCCUUCUUCCAGUGUUUUUGCACUACAUUGCAGUGAGCCACCCAUCUCCGCCCAGCUCCUUGCUUUCCUACGUGUCUUCUGCAUGACUGAAGAAGAACUCAAGGACUACCUGGUGGGAGAGCAUGCCAUCAACAAGAUCUUCACUUUGGGCAACACUGAAUUUCCUGUCAGCUGGGAGAACGAGAUAAAGCUUUGGACCUUCCUGGAGACGCGUGCUGCCCUGCUCCUCAAGACGUACAAAAGCACAUCCGAGGAGGACCGGUCCAUGCUGGAGAAGCCAGACCUGACUUUUCACUCCCGCGUGGCCAUAAAGCUGCGACUUGCCGAAAAGGAAAUUCUGGAGCGAGCUGCGGCCAGCGGCAAGGCCAAGCGACUGCACUUCCAGGAAAAGCUUGAGGAGGGCGCUGCGCUGCCCCUUUACGAGGAGAGUGAUAUCGCCUUGUUGGAGAACGCCGAUGCCAAGCUGCCCAUCAUCCUCCGCAAGCUGGAGGAAGAGGACGAGCGCGUGGAGCAGCAGCUGAACCUGGUUCAGGCCGAAACCGAGGCCCACACGGCCACGCUGGACACCCCAGAGACUCCCCUCCUCAACGGGGAGCGCAAAGAGCUCAGCGACGCCCAGCAGCAACUCCCAGAUCUAGACCACAAGGCGGUGGAAGAGAAAGAGGCCCAACCUUACCAAGAUGACCCUAGUGCCCAACGAACUGGAGACAAACCCAAAGAGAAGGGUGAAUAGUCAGGCCGUGGGCAGAACACUCACUCCCGCCAUUUAUUUAUUUUUGUUUUAGUGACUCACCAGAAUACAGAAGGAGUGAGAGAAU